AUGAAAAACAAUAUCAAAAAAGCCAAAUCGGCUGCAAUGGUCACAGUUCCUACUUCACAACAACAACAACAACAACAAACAUCUACUAACCACGAUUGGCAAAUACCACCUGACGAUAAUAGUGUAAAUAAUGAAAUGGAGAGUGGAACAUUACCACCAGCAACAAUGUUAUUACAUUCUAAUGAUUCAAUUCAUCCAAUGCCACCAUCUGAUUCUCCAAUGAAUCAAUUUUCUGAUAUAUUUUCUUCAAGACAAUCAGUACAACUAAAUAAUAAAACAAAUAAACGAAAACUCGAUGAUUUUGUUGAUCCAUCAUCAACUGAUUUUGACUCAUCAUCUUCUAUAAAACCACAAAAAACUGAACAAAAUGAAACAGAACGAUCACUUAGCAGAACAGGAACUCCUUUGUCAAAUGGUCCUCUACCACCACCACCACCUUCUUCAACGCCGUCUCGGAAUGGCAAUGAUAACGGUCCAUCAUCAUUUGAUUUUGGUCCAACAAGUAAUAAUAAUAAUAAUAAUAAUAACAAUAAUAAUACCGGUAGAAAUACACCAAAUUCAUCAUUAUUUGCACGGCAAACACCACCACCACCCUCUUUACAACAGCAGCAACAACAACAACAACAACAAUCUUUAUCUCAACUACCACCACCAUCAUCAUAUAUGCCAAUGUCACCUCGAAAUCAAUAUUCAGUUACCAGUGAUACUCCAUAUUUACAAACAAAUAAUCAAGUGUUUGUAUUUACAACACAAUUGGCUAAUGAAGCAGCAGAAUCUGUAUUAAAAAAUGAACAUCCAAAUAUUAUUGAAUACCAUAAAUCAUUACCAUCUACUUCUCAAUAUUUAAAUUCUCUUUCCAAUAAUAUGAAUAACAGUCAUAAUUCAUUACUUGGUGGUCCCAUGCAUAUGAAUCAUGGUCCUCCACCUCCACCUGGAUGUCAUUCACCUCGAACUAUGCAAAUGAUGAUGGGCGGACCAGGACCUCAUAAUCCACAUUUACAACAUCAUAAUAAUAUCGGUGGACCACCACCUAAUUGGCCACAUCCACAUUUUCAUCCACAUCAACAACAACCACCAUUUGGUCGUUUAACGCCCGGACCUGGUGGUUUACCUCCACCAAGUCAUCUAUUACCACCAGGUGGAAUGAUGAUGAAUGGUCAACCACCAUCAGAUGGUAUUGAAAAUUUAACACCUGAACGAGCAAAACAUCGAAAAAAUCAAUUAAAUAAAAUAGAAGAUCUAAAAACAAAAAUUACUGGCGGACGAAAUCGCGGUGGUAGAGCUAAGGCAAAUGCUGCUGCAGCAGCGGCAGCUUCUGGUAAUAUGCCGUCAUCGAUGAACGGUGGACCACUACCACCAAAUUCACUUGAUCCACAUCAACAGCAAAUGAUGAUGAUGAACAGUCCACAUGGUGUCGGUCCACCUCAUCAUAUGAUGGGAAUUGGACCACCACAACAACCACCGCCACAUAUGUUACCUCCAGGUAUGCGGGGACCUGAUGGAAUGAUGCUUGAUAUGAAUGGUCUACCACCGCCACCACAUGGUUAUAUGAAUGGGCCAAUGCCACCAAAUUUUCAUGGACAAUAUGGUCCAGGACCAGGUGAUCCAUAUGGACAAUUACCUCCACCACUUCAACAAGCACAAGCAACACGAGAUUGGAAUAAAAUGCAAAUGGAACAUAUUGAAGGUAAAGUACAACAUAUGCGUGGACAACCACCACCUUAUUCUUCACAAUCACCAUCAUCAUUAACACCUCCAAUUGCUACGACGUCAACGGGUGGUGCAAUAGGACCAAAUGGAAAAUUACUUUCACCAAAAAUGGAACCAUCCACUACACCACGUCUAUAUAAGGUUGGUCAACCAGAAAAAUUCAUGCCUGAUUCAUUACCGUCAUCAGCGAAUAAAAAACUACCUGGUAAUCCAGGUGAAGUACAAUUAACAUCAUCACCAACGCAAAUGGAUUAUAAUGAAAUCGGUAUGGAAGGUGAAGAAUUGAUUAUUUCAAGGCAUCUGAAUCGAGCCUACAGACCAACGAAUGGAGUUAGUGGUGGUUUACCACUACCAUCAUCAUCUUCAUCGUUAAAAGAUGAACCUAUGACACCAUUAGCACGAUCCACGUCUACACCAAAUAAUAAUCUAAAUCCAUUAUCAUGUGGACAACAACCAGCUGGUUCAACUACACCUACUCAUAUUUCACAAGGAUCAUCAUCACAUCUUACACCACAAAGUGUAUCAGCUGUAUCACCACGUCCUGCUAAAUUAACUGGAAACAGUAGUUUAUCAUCACCAUUAAUGCUUUCAAAUAAUAAUUCAUCAGGUAAAGAUGAACCAUUAGAUAUGAACGGUGGUCCAAAAACACCAACAUCAAAUAUGGCACCACCAUUAAGUAGUAUGUUACAAAUGACAAAUAGUUUACAAUCAGCGAAUUCUCCAUACAAUUCAUCGAAUAAUACGGGAUCAAAACCACCAUCUUUAUCUUCAAAUCUUAGUGGUAAUGGACCACUAUUGACUAGUCCAAAUCUAGGACAUAUGGGUAAAUCAAUGGAUCAAUUUCCUCCACCAUCUCAUAUGUCUUUACCACCACAUCAACAGCAACAUAUGCAAUUUCAAAAUAUGAAUCCACAUCAUCGAAUGAUGGGUAUACCGGAAUCGAUGCCACCACACUAUAAUCCACAUCAUGGCGGUAAUUUACCACCACCACAUCCACAUAUGUAUAAAAUGAUGCCUCCACAUCAUUCAUUCGAUCCAUCUGGAAUGAUGCUUUCACAUCCUGGUGGUCCACCACGUUCUUCAAAAGGUUUACCACCGCCACAACUUUCAAAUGAUCCGAUGCAACAACAUCUUCAUCAUUUACCACCACCACAUUAUGUUAAAAUGCACAAUAUGGAUCCAUCAUUAGGUCCGCCACCACCCGGUCAUCCUCAACAACAUAUGCGUUUUGGACCUAUGAUGGACGAUGGUUUUGGUAUGGGACCACCACCACCAUCACAUCAUCCACAUCAUCCACAUAUGCAUCCACAUAUGCAUCCUCAUUCACAAAUGCAUCAUCAACAAAUGCAUCCAAAUGAUGGUCGACCACCACCACCGCCACAAGCCAUUAAUAAUACAUAUGUUUCAACGACUAUGUCAAUACAACAAUUAAAUAUUCAAAGUUUAGGUGCUGGUGGACCACCAUCUGAACUUCAGACAGGUACUAUUCAUUAUCAUGCACCAUCAGCUAAUGGUCCUGAUUCUCAACAACAAGGACCACCUGGACCUAAUGGUAAUAAUUCAAUGUUUUCUUCUCAACAACAACCACAACAAUUUGCAACAAUGAAUAAUAUGUCGAUAAAUGAUCCAUCAUUUGCACCACAGUUUAAUGAUCUUCAACCACCACCAUCUAAUCUUAGUGUAGAUGGCGGACAACCACCUCCUUAUUGGUGA